AUGAUCCCCUGGUGGUACACUGCCGGCAGCACGCUGCUGCUAUCUAUCGGUGCUGCGGCUUGGGACUACUCGACUUACAGUUCGAUCGACUUCCAACCGCCAAAGCUUGUGGUUAACAAAACCGGCACCACUGAGCCUGGAUUCCUCUUCCUUGGUCCUCGUGGUGGUGUGCAGACCGCUGGCCAGGCUGCGCUCAUCUAUGACGACGAAGGGAAUCUGGUUUACGAGGGCCCCGAGGAGGUUACAGCCAACUUCAUGGUCCAAGAGCUGAAUAACAAGUCCGUUAUCACCUUCUGGGCUGGCGAGAUGAUGGACAUUGGCUAUGGUUACGGCUCCGUACACAUUCUCGACAGCAGCUACAAGGAAAUUCAUACCGUGACAUUGGAGGGCGCCUUCGUUACUCCUGACAACUCGACCAAGGAUUCGUAUAUCGAUCUGCACGAGAGUAUUAUCACUCCUCAAAACACUCUGCUCGUUACCGCCUACAACCUUACCCAGCACGAUUUGACUUCUAUCAAUGGUAGCUCAUCGGAUUGGAUGCUCGACAGUCAUUUCUACGAGAUUGACAUUUCCACCAACGAGAUUCUUAAUUCAUGGAGUGCCUUGGAGCAGGAGGCAGAUAUUCCCUUGACCACUUCUCACCAAGGGCUCGGUAGCGACGUCGGCACUCAGGAUGCUCCCUACGAUGCCUAUCACAUCAACGCCAUCACAACCACCAACAAUGGCUAUCUCGUCUCUUUACGCCACAUGUGGUCGGGAUACUACCUCCACCACAACGGAACCGUGAUCUGGCGUGUGAGCGGUGAAGAUGGUGGCGACUUCAAACAGAUCGGCGAUGCUGGCUUCUCAUGGCAACACGACAUGCGCGUCUUCAACGAGACCGACGAAGGCUUGGUCCUGAACCUUUUCAAUAAUGCCAACACCCCGACCAAUACUGAGUCUCCCACUACUGGCGUGAGCUUGGCUAUCGACCUGACCAAGAAAACAGUGACCAGCCUUCGUUCCCUUAGUGACCCCAGCGACUCCAUCCACUCCGUGAGUCAAGGAAGUUACCAACUCCUGAGUGAAACCAGUGGCCAUGUAUUCAUGGACUACGGUUCCAUCUCCAAGGUCAAGGAAUAUGAUGGUGAUGGAAAAUUGGUGCUGAGUGCUCAGUUUGGCGAGGAUAACGCAGUAGCUUCAUACCGAGGCUAUAGAUGCCAGUGGAGUGCUGUUCCAUUCUGGUCUCCCGUAGCCAAUGUCACUACCACCAACAAUGGUGCUGAUGUUUUUAUGAGCUGGAAUGGUGCGACCGACUACGAUAACUGGGUCGUCUACUCGGGUGCCUCGAAUGAUUCGAACGGCCAGCAGAUUGGUUCUGCUAAUCGUACUGGGUUCGAAACUAUGAUCAGCCUGACAAGCCCGCCAACUAGCCCCAUCCAUGUUGUUGCCCGUCAGGGUGAGACUGUGCUUGGUACCUCUGACAGCGUCUCUUUCUAA